AGCACAUAGAUACAUACAACCAUGUUGAACAUUGACUAUUUUUUUAUUUUGCUCAAAUAAAAUGAUUUAAUAAACAAUCCAAGUAAAAGAAAAGCAUUCGGAACAGUUGAAAAUUAUUGUAAACAUUGUCUACUACAUCAAGUUUAAAUAAGUGAUAAUCGUACAAUCAUAAAAUGCAAUAUUACGAGUCAGGAAGCAUGGCUGAAAGCCAAAAUAUGGAUGAAAAUAACGCUAACAACUAUAAUUUACCUACUUCAUCUGCUGCACGACCUAUGGUGGACCCACAUGCUGAGGGCAACGUAGAUAUUAACCUUUAUCCUCAACCCAAAGAAGCAACGCACAAAAUACGGGGAAAAAAUGACUUCAUUGAGUAUCUUUUUGGGGCUGUUGAUCAAGAACUUUUGACAGUAAAAACUUUUUACUUUUUCUUCUAUUCUGCCUUUGGAUCUCUUUUUCCAUUAAUGGGAGUUUAUUUUAAACAAAUGGGUAUGAACGCUGGACAAUGUGGUCUUCUCAUAGGAAUAAGACCAUUUAUAGAAUUUUUGAGCGCACCAUUUUGGGGUUCUUGGGCUGACAGAUGGAAAAGAGGAAAACUCAUUCUCCUUGCUUCCCUUUCGUGCUGGGUUAUUUUCACUUUACCACUUGGAUUUGUUCAACCUCCAGCAACGUCGUGUAUGAUUUAUAAAAAUCAUACAUAUUUAAUAUCCAUACCGGAUGCAGAUCAGAAAAUUUCAAAAAGAUCAAUUCAAAAAAGAUCAGAGUUUUCUUUAUCAGAGAAGGAGAUGGAAACUGAAAAGUAUUUACCGAAUCAGAACAACAUGAGAGAUGAAUUGAUGAAAAAUUCAUCAUUUAGAUAUAAUUUAAUAGGAAAUUUUGAAAUUAAUAACUCCUCUGAAAAAAUUCAAAGUUAUGAUGGACAAGAUAAUGAAAAGCAACGUAACACAAUGAAAAUGGAUCCAGAACAAAAGAAAGAAGAUAAUUUCCAUAAGACACAUGAUCAACAGUCAUUGUUUGAUGAUGAAACUUCAAAAGAUACAAAAGGUUCAAACAAAAAUAGUAAGAGAACGACAUCUUUGUUGCCUACUUUCAUGAAAAUAGACCCAUUGAAGAAUAAAGAAAAUAUUUUAGAAGAGAAUUUAGUUCACAGAAAAACAAGGAGCAUUAAACUACAAUUUUAUUCGAAUGGGCAAAGUCCUAUGUCAGUUCGCUAUGCAGCAAAUUAUGAUGAAAAAGUGCACAAAGGAUGGGUGAAACCGAUAUUCAGUUCAAUCGUCUACAAACUACCAGACAUACAAAAAACUUUUUUCCUCUUAUUACUGCUAGUUAUAGUGGGGGAAUUUUUUUCUGCACCUGCCAUAACUUUAGCUGAUUCGGCUGUUAUAACACUACUUGGUGAAGAUACAGAUAGAUAUGGUCACCAACGUAUGUUUGGUAGUUUAGGCUGGGGUCUUGCAAUGUUUUUCGUUGGUAUUGCAUUAGAUCAUAGUACCUCGUUUCCAGAGCAUCCUUGUGUACCUGAUUUGAAGGAAAGAAAUUACACUAUAUGUUUCGCAAUAUUCAGCGUCUUAAUGGGAGCUGCUCUGAUAACAGCUACGCAAAUCAAUUUUAAAUAUGACCCUGCAGUACCACAAGUUGAAGUUGUAACAAAUUUAAAAGAACCAUCCAGAGAAGAACAAUUACAGAAUGAUCUAUCCCAGCAACUUAAUUUACCCCAUUUACAGGAUUUUGAUGGAAAAGAAUCGGAUACAAGAACUCAGCCAUUUGAAGAAAAGACCAAGAUCUUUGCACAAACAACUCGCGAGAUACCAGAAUGGUUAACAAUUUUGAAGCAGUUUAAAAAUUUGAAAUGCGCAUCUUUUCUGUUUGUUGCCUGGUUCAUGGGAUUUGGAAUCGGUCUUAUAUUCACAUUUUUAUUUUGGCAUCUACAAGAUUAUGGUGGAACUCCAACUCUCUUUGGCGUUGCUUCAGUAAUAAAUCAUGUAUCUGAAAUUUUUGCUUAUUUCUUCAGUUUUAAGCUUAUACGUCAACUAGGUCAUGUUAAAGUUCUUUGUUUAGGAUUGUGUGGUAAUAUUUUCCGGUUUUUGUACAUUUCUUGGUUAAAAAAUCCUUGGUGGGUUUUACCAUUUGAGUUUGUUCAAGGCAUAACUCAUGCAGCUGUAUGGGCAGCUUGUUGUAGUUACAUCGCCCAUAAUACUCCUCCUCCUCUAAGAUCAAGUGCACAAGGUGUAUUACAAGGACUUCAUCACGGGCUUGGAAGAGGUUGUGGAGCAGUGAUAGGAGGAAUUUUCGUUGCUGUCUAUGGAACUACAGCGACGUUUCGGGCUUAUGGAUUAUUAUGCAUGGUGGUAUUGGCAGUUUUUAUCUUCAUUAAUUUUUAUCGUCAAGACGCUGGGUUCAUAGCUAAUUUACCCCAAACGGAAGACCCCCAUCAAGUAGCUGAAGUCACUCACUUAGCUCCCCAUGGUGUCCCAAGUAAUGCUAUUCCUAGAGCACUCAGUUCAAGUAGAUUACAUGAAUUAUCAAAUCAGGAUGGAAGUUAUGGAGCUACAUAUCAAGCUUCAUUAGGUCAUGCAUUGGAUGUUCCCGGAAAAUCAGAAGGUUUGCCAAAUCCAAACAAUCCAUUUUUGAGUAAAGAUGGAUUGAGUUACAAAAAUAUGGACAUUUCAAAUGAGUUGGAUGGAUUCAUACAAAAAAGUUUCCAGACAUUCAAUGAAGUUGUUAACAUGGAAAUGGACAUAAAAAGAGUUCCAUCCAUGGUUAUACAAUUGGAAGGUCAACAGCAGUGUACAAACCCAUUUCAUGAGCAUAAUUACGAAUGGUGAUGGGAGGGUUAAAUAAUGAUAUCAUAAAAAGUCACAAAAAAGAAAAAACAUAUCAUGUUAAGAUUAAUAUUAUU